AUGAAGCUCUCCUUCUCUCUGUCUUCUUCCAAAUCCUCUUCCUCCACUCGUACCCUACCCACUGGAACCGGAAGGGAUGGCGUCGGCGGGCAGCAGGAGCACCCGGCGGCGUCCGGCAGGCUCGAAUUCGUCACCGAAUUCGACCCCAACUUAACCCUAGCCGCUGAUUCUGCUGUCGCCGCAUCAAUCGCGCCCCUGGCCAACACCGAUACAUGGAGGGCCCCCAAGCGCAUGAAGAAUCUUCUCCCGCCGCCGUCAUCCGAUCUCGAAUCGACCUCGGCAGCGGUUGCCACCCGUUUCGAGCUCGACACCUCCCAGACCGACUCCAGCAACGCCACCUACGGCCUUAUUCUUCGUGGAGGCGGUGAUGGCAGGGAUAGAGGCGAUCUUGGAAUGGACACCGAUCCGGAAGUUGUGGGCGUCCGGCCGGAGCCUGCUCUCUCGGCGGAACAGAAGUUGCGGGAAGACAUUGAGAAGCUACCAGAGGACCGUGGGUUCGACGAGUUUGAGGACAUCGCUGUGGAGGACUUCAGCAAGGCCCUCCUUGCGGGGUACGGAUGGAAGGCCGGUCAGGGAGUUGGGAGGAACGCCAAAGAGGAUACCAAGGUGAGGGAAUACCAGAGGUGGGCGGGCAAUGGUGGGCUUGGGUUCAAACCCGAAGUGCCCGUGGAGAAGGGUCGGAAGAAGGGCCGUGAUGACUUACCCCCAGUUCCUCCACCGGCGAGCUCCCGCAGCUCUGGGUCCAGCGGAGUUGAUAAGAAAAGUAAAAUCGUCAGGGUCAUUGCUGGAGAGCAUGCCGGUAUGAAGGCUGAGGUUCUGCGGAGUUCGAGGCAUUCCCUUGGAUUGGUUGUUCUGCAUCUACUAGGGGGCGGGUCGGAGGUGAGUGUUCCAGAAGAAGUGAUUGCUGAGUUGGGUUCAGUGGAGGAGAAGAGGUUCCUAAGGAAGCAGAAGGAGGCUGAGGAUCGAGUAGGAAGGAGGAGUCAUGGGAGAAGUACAGAAAACGGGAAGGAUGAUAAAAUGAAACGCAAGAGCAGUAAUAAAGACAGAGACGAGAGAGCCAACAGUCGGGACGGUAAACACGACAGGAGUGAGAGUCGCCAAUCGAGCGAGGGCAGGAAAGAGGAGGGCCCGGUUCGCUGGCUUAGAAGUCACAUCAGAGUUAGAGUUAUCAGCGAAGAUUUGAGGCGUGGGAAACUGUACUUGAAGAAGGGCAAAGUCGUGGAUGUGGUUGGGCCGAUGACCUGCGACUUAUCAAUGGAUGAGAGUGGGGAGCUACUGCAGGGAGUAGAUCAGGAGAUGCUCGAAACUGUGUUGCCUAGGUCUGGAGGCCCUGUUCUUGUGCUGUUCGGGAGGCAUAAAGGGUGUUUUGGGACGUUGAUGGAGAAGGACUCAGAGAAGGAAACAGCGGUUGUACGGGAUGCUGAUAGCCAUGAACUGAUCAAAGUUCGCCUGGAGCAGAUUGCAGAGUACGUAGGGGAUCCCAGCGUCCUUGGUUAUUAA